GGGCUCCCUGGGACCUUCACAGUAGCAUCGGUGAGCGCGGAUAGCCGCGACAGCUGUGGGCUGCGGUGGCUCGAGAGUCCGGUGCGAGUGAACCACAGCGGAGAGAAGACCUCCCCAAGACAUCAUGCGGAGUGCCACCAAGCCCUGGAGUCCAGUUGCCAAAGCAGGCAGCCAUGGCCCUGAUCGCACACGGCCCCUCCCUGGGACCCCUUCUGGCAUGAAGAGUUCCAAGUCUUCAACCUCGCUGGCUUUCGAGUCUCGGCUUAGUAAGCUCAAGAGGGCCAGCAGUGAGGACAUGCUCAACAAGCCUGGCAGCGCUUCCGCGGGGACGGUGCGCCUGAAGAAGACCUCAACCUCCGGAGCCAUCUCCGAGCUCACUGAGAGCCGCCUGAGAAGCAACACAGGGGCUGUUCCAACAUCCAAACGGACAGGCAUCCCAGCUCCACGAGAACUCUCAGUAACUAUCUCAAGAGAGAGAUCUGUGCCACGUGGUCCCUCCAGCUCAAAGAAGUUGGGCUCUAGUCCAACUUCUUCCUGCACCCCCACUCCUACCAAGCACCUGAGGCCCACCUCUGCAAAACCUAAGCAAGACCAUGAAGGCACAGAGAAGUCUGUACUCGAGUCCCAGGUUCGGGAACUUCUGGCAGAAGCCAAAACCAAAGACAGUGAAAUCAACCGACUUCGAAGUGAACUAAAAAAAUGUAAAGAAAGGUGGGCCCUAAGCACUGAGGAUACCAAUGCAUCAGACUCAAGCGCAGAGGGAACAUCAACCCCAGUAGGUGAUGCAGAACCUUUGAUAAGAACGCUGGAGGAGAAGAACAAGACCUUUCAGAAAGAACUUGCUGACCUAGAGGAAGAAAACAGGGCCUUGAAGGAGAAACUGACUUACCUUGAACAGUCACCAAAUUCAGAAGGGGCAGCAAGUCACACUGGUGACAGCAGCUGCCCGACAUCCAUAACCCAAGAGUCCAGCUUCGGAAGCCCAGUUGGAAAUGAGUUGUCCAGUGAGGUGGACGAGUAUAGAAGAAGCACACAUGGAAGUACAUUGCGGACAUCGGGGUCUUCAAGCAGUGAUGUCACUAAAGCCUCUCUGUCACCAGAUGCCUCAGAUUUUGAGCAUAUCACUGCAGACACCCCAUCUCGGCCCCUGUCAGCCACCAGCAACUCUUUUAAGGGCUCCAAGUGCUCCCCUAUUGGGAGCUCCCCAAACAAUGCGAGCGAGUUGUCCUUGGCAUCUCUGACUGAGAAGAUACAGAAGAUGGAGGAGAAUCAGCACAGCACUGCUGAAGAGCUGCAGGCUACUCUGCAGGAGUUAUCAGACCAGCAGCAGAUGGUGCAGGAACUGACAGCCGAGAACGAGAAGCUGGUGGAUGAGAAGACCAUUUUAGAGACCUCUUUCCACCAGCACCGAGAGAGGGCAGAACAGCUGAGUCAGGAAAACGAGAAACUGAUCAACCUUUUACAAGAACGAGUGAAGAAUGAGGAGCCUAGUGCUCAAGGAGGAAAAAUCCUUGAACUGGAGCAGAAGUGCACGGAUAUUCUGGAGAAGAGCCGCUUUGAAAGAGAGAAGCUGCUUAACAUUCAGCAGCAGCUGACCUGCAGCCUACGGAAGGUUGAGGAAGAAAACCAAGGAGCUAUAGACAUGAUCAAGCACCUGAAGGAGGAAAAUGAAAAACUGAAUGGGUUCCUAGAGCACGAACGAUGUAAUAAUAGUGUGAUGGCCAAAACUUUGGAGGAAUGUAGGGUUACCUUGGAAGGCUUGAAAAUAGAGAAUGGGUCCUUGAAGGCUCAUUUGGAGACUGAUAAGCAAAAGGCCAUGGAGGCCAGCAGUACCAUGGGGCAGACGGCAGAGAACUUCGAGGUUCAAGAAAUGCUGAAAGUGGCUCGAGCUGAGAAAGAUCAAUUGCAACUGUCUUGCACGGAGCUCAGACAAGAAUUGCUAAAGGCGAAUGGUGAAAUUAAACACGUUUCCAGCCUCCUAGCGAAGAUGGAAAAAGAUUACUCUUACCUGAAGGAGGUCUGUGAUCAUCAAGCAGAACAACUGAGCAGGACCAGCCUAAAAUUACAAGAGAAAGCUUCAGAGAGUGAUGCAGAAAUCAAAGACAUGAAAGAAACCAUAUUUGAAUUGGAAGAUCAGGUGGAACAGCACCGUGCCGUCAAGUUACACAACAAUCAGCUCAUCAGUGAGCUGGAAAGCAGUGUGAUCAAGCUGGAGGAACAGAAAUCAGACCUAGAACGGCAGUUGAAGACCCUGACAAAACAGAUAAAGGAGGAAACUGAGGAAUGGAGGCGGUUCCAGGCGGACCUGCAGACUGCAGUGGUGGUGGCCAAUGACAUCAAGUGUGAGGCUCAACAGGAGCUGCGAACUGUGAAGAGGAGGUUGUUGGAGGAGGAGGAGAAGAAUGCCAGGCUGCAGAAGGAGCUGGGGGACAUACAGGGACACAGCAGACCUGUGAAUGAAGAGUCAGAGCCCUCAGAUGUGGAUGCUGCUGGCCGAUGGCGUGGAGUCUAUGUCAACAGAGCAUCUCCAGCUCCUCCAGACUCUACAACCACUGUAAAGUCCCUGAUCAAGUCAUUUGACUUAGGACACUCAGGUGGAGCUGGACAGAGUAUUGCUGUCCACAAGACUCCCAGAAGUCCCCUGAGUGGAAUCCCAGUGAGGACUGCUCCAGCAGCUGCUGUCUCUCCAAUUCAGAGACACUCGGCCUACAGCACCAUGCGGCCAGCCAGCAAAGGGAUGGCUCAGCGCUUGGAUCUGCCGGACCUUCCCCUCUCAGAUCUUCUGAAGGGAAGGGCCGAGGACCGGAAGUCAGACCCUUAUCUCCGGAAGAGUCCCUCCCUGGAGUCCCUGAGCAGACCCCCCUCCCUGGGCUUUGGGAACACCAGACUGCUGAGUGCAUCCACCGGGGGUUUGAAACCAAGCAAGCUCAGUGUUGAAAGAAGAGACCCUCUGGCAGCCUUGGCCCGGGAGUAUGGUGGCUCUAAGCGUAAUGCACUCCUGAAAUGGUGUCAGAAGAAGACAGAAGGUUAUGCGAACAUUGAUAUCACCAAUUUCAGCAGCAGCUGGAGCGAUGGGCUGGCCCUCUGUGCUCUGCUACACACCUACCUGCCUGCCCACAUCCCCUACCAGGAGCUGAACAGUCAGGAGAAAAAACGAAAUCUCUUGUUGGCAUUUGAAGCAGCUGAAAGUGUGGGCAUCAAACCCAGUCUGGAACUCAGUGAGAUGCUGUACACAGACCGGCCCGACUGGCAGAGUGUGAUGCAGUAUGUGGCCCAGAUCUACAAGUACUUUGAGACAUAAACAGAAGAGCCAGCAUCAGCAGCUGCCGCAUGGCCUGAAGCUCAUCCUGAAGCGCCUGCUCACUGUCCACCAUGCCUGCUGUGCCCACCAUCUAGCCGUCUGGACCAGCACUCCACUGAGAAGCAGAGGUGGCUCCACCGUGUCCCCAUCUCAGAUGCAAACAUGUCUGGAGCCUAUGCUCAGGAAUCCUUGUUCCCAAUGGGAAGUUUUUAGAGAGGCAGGCCCCGCUUCUCGCACAGUGGGUUCCAAACCCAGGCCCUCUUCUGUGAGACUCCAGAGUGUUGCCAGUCCCAUUUGCUGCCCACACAUGGCCUACACACUGACAAACAGCACUUCAAUCACCGUGUCUUUUUUUCUUCCUCCUCCUUUACUAAAACUUUGCUUUUUUUUUUUUCAAAACUCUGUCCUUACCAGCUGCUUGCCCACCCCCACCAAUAAAACAACACUCCACAAAACAGAAAAACAAAAGCAGCUUUUGCUUCUUAGCAACCUGGAAACACACUGAUUAGGGAAAUAGUAUGUCCAGUUCUAUGUAACUGAGAACUUAAAGGCACUGCAUAGAUCUCGCCGUCCCUAUUUGAUUUCUCGCAAGUGCAAGGAGCACUUAGGUACCUUGCUGAGGGUGCAUGAGAGGCCAGCUGGCUUGCUCCUUAACCACAGGGCCUGAGCACAGCACUGGUAUCUUGGCUGAUGAGAUCCGUGACCAUUGCACAUAGACCCUUCUGCCCUGCUGUUUACAGUCUCAUUUACACACAUCUUGGCCCAACACAGAGCUCCACACAAGUCUGACGUGUGUGGAGCAGCCUGUGAUGGCGAGCUCUGCACAUUUGCACAGUUCCGCAGGUUGGGAGGUGUGCCCCUUAGGAUUCUGGGUGGACAGAAAUAUAAACAUGUUUUGGCUCCAGACAGGUUUGGCCCUUGGUACUUGUUGGGCCUUUUACAUGUGCCUAUUGGAAGAAGCUAUUAGGAGCGUAAGGGUGACUGUCCUCCAAUGCCCCGUUGGUUCCCUAGGAAGCAGCACAGCCCCUCCCUGAGUAUCCAAGCCAAGUGGCCCUAGACCAGUGGUUCCCAACCUUCCUAAUGCUUGGAGUUCCUCAUGCUGUGGUGACCCCAACCAUAAAAGUAUUUCAUUGCUAUCAUAACUGUAAUUUUGCUAUUGUUAUGAAUUGUAGUGUAAAUAUCUGAUAUAUAGAAUUCUGAUAUGUGACCCCACACAGUCUGAGAACCACUGCUUUAGAAGCGUCUUUCCAUUUUUCUUGGACAAAUGUGCACUUCAUAGCAAAUGAGCACGCCCCUUUCUCUGACAGUUGGGUGCGCACAAACACCCAUUACUGUUCUAAGUGCCAAAUAACCCUAGACUGGUCCUUUGAGAAAGGACCACGCUCAUAGCAACCCCUGCGAAUGACCACCACAGCUACAAUGAAUCUCUGCCUGCUUGUCUGAGCCGCUCUGCUGGCCCAGCCCUAUCCUUGGAGGACCUAAGUUCUGCCCCUCCCUCCAGUCCAUUGCUCUGAUAAGUAGCAGCUGGGUGCAGCAGCGCUGAUUCUCGAGCUAACGUAACCUCGUGGGGCCACAGACUCCACCUGUAGGCUCCAUCUGUAGUUCUUAGCUGUAGCUCAGGGCCGAUCCCCUGGGACUCCUGGGAACUGCAUGCCUGACUCUCGCAUCAGGUGAGUUAGGAUAACUGGAACAAAGCAGAGAUGCAGUCUGCACAUGCUCACAGUUCUCCAGAACUGAUGGGCAGCCACGCAGAGAGGGAGGACACUACUCCCUGCCCCUUGUUCUCCCAUUAGGAGCUCCUUCAUUUCCAGGUGGAAGAUGAGGGCUCAGAACCUCCUUGCUGAUGAAUGUGUCUCCGAAAGCUGGUACUUGGGCUGCCUCCCAUACCCGUUGUGUUGACAUAAUUGAUGCUGUACCUCCCCCCACCAGUUGUCUCCAGUCUGCUUUGCCCAGCCAUCACAGCAGGGUGGGCAGGAACACUGUCCCACACAACUGGGUGUCGUUUCUUCAGGGGUGAUCUCUGGAGCUGUGUAGGAGAGGCCACAGUUAAGGCAUGAGAGUUUGGUCUGUCUCUGGUUGUUUUUAGGAUGCUAAGAAUCUGGGAGCUCUCAGCAGAGCAGCCUCCGUGCUGGUCUCCAGACGCCUUACAGUGGCUGUAAGUAGAGGCACUUUGGGGCCCCAGGUCGCUGUGGACCGGCCAGCUGCAUCUGUUCUUGUCCGUUUUCUGCUUGGGGUUUCUCUUGACUGCUGCAGGUCUUGCCAGGGGCGUCGGAGAGGAAUGGCAUACAGGUACUGCCAGGCAGAGGGUAUCCAUGACCGAUAGAGCUCCAGUUCUCUGUCAAGAUGCCACACUACUGCAUGUGGAGGUGCAGGGUCUGGGAAGAUCUCCAAGUCACAAAAAUGAAUGUGAGAAACUGACCAGCUAAGAACAGAAGCAUGGCGGUGGAGGCAGGGGUGCCUUACUUUUUCUUGUUUUUGUUUGUUUGGUUGGUUGGUUUGGUUUUGGUUUUUUUUCGUUUUGUUGUUGUUUGUUUUGCUUUGUUUUGGGUUUUGUGAAACCGGACCUCCUGUCGCCUGUGCUGGCCUUGAACUCACGGUCUUGCUGCCUCUGUCUCCUGGGUGCUGAGAUUAGAUACCACACCCAGCUUUGGUGCUUAGCUCCUGCUGUUUUCUUUGUGUCUCUGCAAGCCAUCAUUCAGAGGAUGCUGGAGGCCUCCAUAGCCAUGUUUCUUCCCAUCUGCCCUCAGCUAAAGAGAUCUGUAAAAUGCAAGACCCUGAGAAGUUAAGACACGUAAAGAAGUCUGGCUCUCAGCACUGCUUGGUGUCUGACGGCAGGUGGUAGCACUAAGGCCGCUGCCCACAGUGGCAAUAUUCCAAGGCGCAUCCAUCUUCCUAGUCCUUCUCACUUCCGCAUCCAUACUUGUCCUUGAUUCUCAUUCUUCAUCCAGUUGUUCCUCAGAUUCUGUAGACCAUCCAGAAUACAAGCCAUGGCUAGAAGAUAGAAACCCAGGUAGUGCGGCUACCUGUGGCUUCAACUAUUCUGGAGAUGGAGAUGGGAGAAUCAGUUGAGCCUGGAAAUUUGGGAUUAGUUGGCAGAGAGUGUGGGGCUAUCCCAAAGCAAUCAGCCAUCUAGCAAUAUUGAAUAUUGGCCAUACUGUCUUCCUGUCUCCCAUGAGCACCAGCCACAUGUCAGUCUCUGACCUCUCUGUCCCCUGCAAACCUGUCCCUGGAUGAUGGAAAUGGAGACCCUUAGGGACAAACCCACUCACCAAAUCCAGCAGUUCCUGAGUGUUCUAGUUUGAGAUGCCCUACUGCUGGCACCAGUGGGAGAGAGAACCCCCAGAUUAUUGAAAAGAAGUUUUCCCCAGCAUCUGCUGAAGCCCCUGGGCAUCUAGGUCCUCCGACAAGGUUGGAGUUCUGACUGGAACCCCCUGAGUAGCUCACUGACUUUAACUACAUUAGUUGAAUGCACUCGAUAUACCUGUGGCCUCCUUUCCCUCAAGAGCACACUAGACAGCACCUAGCACUGCCCAGACGUGACAUACUGUCAGAGGUGGACAGGGCUCCCAAGGGUAAGGUGUGCCACUG